GGCCGCUCCGCCCGCCGGGUCAGUGCUGCGGUCCCCGCGUGAAGUCGGCGGCCGGGACAGAAGCGGUGCCUGGGGAUGCAGCCGCCUGGGACCCCCGCGCCGGGGGACGCCGCAGAAGCGUUUGCAGGAAGAAAGAAGACUUCCCUCUGGUUUGUGGGGUCUCUGCUGGCAGUGUCCAUCUUCAUCCUGAUUGUCGGCCUGGCUGCCACCACCAGGACGGAGAAUGUGACAGUGGGUGGCUACUACCCAGGCAUCAUCUUGGGCUUUGGUGCUUUCUUAGGAAUUAUUGGCAUCAACCUGGUGGAGAACCGAAGGCAAAUGUUGGUAGCUGCAAUUGUGUUUAUCAGCUUUGGUGUGGUGGCAGCAUUCUGCUGUGCCAUAGUCGACGGUGUAUUUGCAGCACGACACAUCGAACCAGGGCCUCUCACCACGGAGAGAUGCCAGUUUUACUCUAAUGGGGUAGGAUAUUUCUCUGACAUCUACCAAACAGAGGUCACCUGUCAUUCCUUGAACAGCAAGUGCCAGCUGAAGGUGAGAAGCAACACUUGCUACUGCUGUGACCUAUACACUUGUGAGAGCACGGAGCCCUCGCCUGCCUACUACGAGUUUGUUGGUGUGCACAGCUGUAAGGAUGUGGUCCACCUCUACCGCCUGCUCUGGGCCUCAGCACUUCUGAAUGUCCUGGGCCUGCUCCUGGGCAUUGUCACAGCUGCUGUCCUGGGGGCCUUCAAGGACAUGCAGGUGCCUCUGUCCCAGCUGGCCCUUGGCCCAUCCACCCCACCUCAGAUCCUGUACAGCCCUGCCCAGCAGGUCCUAGCCUACACAGGUUUCUGCCAGCCGGCUGCUACCAUCCCAACUUGCUCCUCCUACCCUCUGCCCCUGCAGCCCUGCAGCAGCUUCCCGGCCAUGCCCCUGUGUCAGGAUGGGCAGCCUCCCUCCCAAUCGCGCUCCAGCCUCCAGCCUCCUCCCCAUGUCCCACCACCAUGCUAUGCAUCAGCCUGUUUCCUCCCAGGGGAGAAACCACCUCCCUAUAUACCCUGACACAGGGCUGUACAUUGAAAAUUAACUGGGUUUUUUGUUUGUUUUUUUCUUAAAAAAAAAAAGAAAGCCUCUAGAAAUCCUACUUCUAUGACCAACCGCUUAGAGAAUCCGGAGAAUGUUCUGAAGUCUGUCCUCCUUUCCCUCUCAGUACUCUGGCAGGACUGGAGGGAAACUGGCCUGCUGGCCAUAUCUGGUGGCCGCUGGGCUCGCAUCUGCUAGCAUAUGAGCUAACUCCAAGUAGUGCUAAAAGUCCCCUCUGGAGCUUCCUUGUUUGAAAGAGGUGGUUCUGGUUCAGUUACCCAGCAUCCUCUGUGCUAGUGAGCUGCUGUCACCUUUGAAUGAAGGGAUGACCCAGAAGGCAUAGCUGUGUCUAAGGCUCCUUGUCCUAGGCAGUGCACUCUGUCCUGGCCCUCAGUGCUGUGUGCCCCUACAUUUGCUGGGGUGAAAGGAAAGCUUUGGCUCUAACCCAUGAUGCUGUGUACCAGGUCUGCGAGCUUCUGCUUUCCCCACCCCCCAGCUGCCCCACACCUCCCAGGGGAGGUUUCCUGCCCAGCUGUCUCCUGACUUCUCCAAGCUGGUGGAACAUGAGACCUUUUCCCAUGGGAUGCAGGAAGCUCUUGGCUCGGAGCCUGUUUGAUGAGGGCCAUGUGCACCAGCCUCUGCCAGGUGCACCCAAGACACACGUGAGCGCCGGCAGCCACCAGACCCUGGACCAAGGCUGGCGUCCCCAGAACAGGCAGGUCAGGAUGAACUGCCCUAAGCUGCCAUUCAGGGCAAUUGAUUAUUUUGAGCUGAAGUUGCUUGAAAAACAGCAAGUACAGGGAGAGGCUUUCCCUGAACUCCUGAACGACAGAUUUCCUGUAGGAACCUGCAGGAACCAACCAGGCAUGUGGACUCCCACAAUAGGAGAGGAAGAUGCCCUCCCCAGAGAGGUCCCCUCAUUCCUGGGAGCUACCUACUGACCCCCAUGUGCCCCCAUGCAUGGAAUAAACGUGUGCACCUAGACUCCCA